AUGAUGGGCAUGCGGCCACGCAGCCCCAGCGCCUGCCCUGCGCCCUGGUGGGGACCGCAGCCCGGAGGACCCGGCCCCGCCAAGCGCCGCCGACUGGACGACCCCGCCGACGCCGCCGAGCCCCAGGCGGCACCCAGCCUGCAAGACGCGGCGGGCGCCGCCGCCGACGCCACCGCGCUCACCUCCGUGGUGGUCCUGGCCGCGGGCUGCGCCCUGCAGGUUCCCCUGGACGACGUCGAUCUGGUGCUGGAGCCCGCGCCAACCUCGGUCCUGCAAGUGUCUCUCCAAGGACACACCCUCAUCCUGAUCCCCGAGGGCCUCGUGGGAGCCACUGACCAACGCCCAGGAGGCCAGGGAGACGCGCCUGAUGGCCCAGAACUGGGCGCUUUCCUGAGCACCCCCGGGGAGGACGUGGUCGUCGAGCAGGGAUUCUUCUACGAAUUUAUCCCAGAGAUCGCCAUCCAAGAAGAGGCCUAUGAGGAAGACGCCGAUCGUGAGUUCCUGGAGGCCUGGAUGGGCCCUGCAGCUGGCCCAGGGGCGGGGCUCCUGCUCUGCACUGACGGAGUGUCCAGCCCCUGCCCGCAGGGCCCCAUCCCAAAUCUCUGCCCUCUGGCGCCCACCCCCAGUCCAGUGAGACGCUCUUCUGAUCCUGUCUUCGACCUGGAUUUCCACCUUCUGAGGCCCUUCCCCAGCUCGCCGCUCCAACCACUACCUCCCUCUCCAAGUCCGAGUUCAAGUCCCCAGGCGCCUCCAGAGCGCUCUCCAGGCCCUCGGAGCAAAGCCUGCAGACGCCUGUUCCAAGAAUAA